UUUCCAAUCAAGCAUAUCAUAUUAUAAUUUAUUAUAAGAUACAAGUAGUAAGAGUAGUAUUGCUUUCUAGGUUAGUGUUAUUAUAUAAGUGGUUGCGCUUCUUUUAAGGAUUAUACUGUUACGUAUUAGUAAAACUAAGAUGGCCAAUGAAAUGUUUAAUAGAAUAAAUUUUGUGUACAUUUUAUUAGGAUUUAUCUUAUCAUCGUUCCUUUGGAUUUUAUGGGCUCCAAUAAAUAGGAAUCACAACUUCUACUCACCAACACAGGCUAAUGAUAAAGAGAAAUUAAGAAUAAUGGACAUUGGGGAUUCAAGGAAAGAAAAAGGUAUAGAAAAUAAUGAUUUGUCAUUGCAAAAUAAAGAUGGAUACAUUCAUCAAGGAAAAACCAAAGGCAAACUGAUGGAGAAAAAUAAUCUUACUAUAGGCAAUAAAAACAGUGAAGAGGUUGAUACAUAUCUUAACAAUAUGAGUGGUGCAAAGAAUGAACAGAAAAACAAAACAUCACUACAUAAUGCCAUACUUAUGUACAUAGAUCGUGGAGAUCACCAUGUUAUACAAUUCACAUUAUUUCUAUAUGCGUCUUGGAAAUAUGUCAUGAGUCAUAAGUCUCUCAAAGGUAACGUUACCAUUGACAAUGCUGCAUCUCUGCCAGAUAUUAUUUUUGAUUUGAUUGUGUAUUGUCACCCAGAAACCUGCAAACUUCUCCCUCUGGAUUGCAUCCCUCUAGGGAAGGACACCAUUUUGGAGGCUGUUCCAAGAUGCUGGUACACCCCUUCUAAAAGUCUACAAAGUCAACCAGGAUAUCCUUCUGAUUAUGGCUAUCUUAAUACAUUUAGCUUUCUACUUGAUGAUAAUUUUAGUCAGAUUGCUAACAGAUAUGACAGGAUUUUGAGGACUGACACUGAUGUGUUUAUAUCCCCUGCGAUAUUAGGUUGGCUUGGUAAAUACCCCUUGAUCACUGGACAGGGUGGUUAUGGAGUACCAUUUAGUAUAAUUAGGUUAAGAAAAAUUGCAGCCAAACUUGGUUUACAUCAUCAGCAUAUAUCUGAUAUUGGAAGCACAUGGUACGCAGAGCCCGGAAUAUUCCAGAAAGUUGCCAUUCUUGCGUUGAACCUUUCCGUCCAUUUUUACAACCAUGAAUUCAACAAAUCCCUACCAGGCCUUGAAGGUAUAUUUGAUACAGGUGAUGAUGGAGUAUGGCCCAACUGGUGGCGUCAGGUCUCAACUAUGUAUGGCAGUGAGCUUGCCAUCAAUCAUCUCAUCGCUAAUUUAACAGAAGACCAUAAAGCUGCUGGAUAUAUGGACAUGGCAAGUACAGAUGGUGUAACCUCCGUAAUGGGCGCUCCACAUAUACACUGUUGGCAUAGUGACAUAGAAUUCAACAAAUUUGCAUUCACUGACAAAAUUUUACAAUUUAUUAAAACCGACGUAAGACAACUAUGGAUUCUUAAUGAUACAAAGUUAUAUCGAGAUGACAUGGAUGUAUCUGGGAUGAGCAUAAGGCAAUAUGUAACUUAUAUUGCAUGGAAUGGAGUGCUUAAAUAUCUGCCACAAAUUGUUGGACCAAUGGCGCAAGCUAAUAUCAUAGUGCAGUAAUCUCCCAUACACAGCCAACAUAACUUGAUACAAUAUUUAUUUACUUCUUAUUGACGUAUGUGGAUUGAACGUUUAAAUAGUUAUUUAUAUUUUGAGUUUCAUAUGUUAUUUGUUUAUCUUUUUGUUUGUUUGUUUGUUUGUUUAGGAAUUGAUGGGCUGAUCGGUGUUCCACAAAUCAACAUAAUCCAAUGUGCAAUAUUGUUCACUCUGUAACUGAUGCUUUAUUCAUUGGCAUAUUGCUCUGUUCCAAUGUCACAAUACAAUAGAUAUAAAUUACUUAGAAAUAUCACCUGUUUAAUUAAUGCAUAGAAAUCGCCUUUUCAUCCACAGCUAUUCUGAAUUCAAUAAAAUUGUAAUUAAUUUGUUUUUUCUGAUUCUGUUAUUUUGAGCAUAAACUUUUCCAUAAUUGUCAUAAAGACUGGAGAGGUUUGAAAACAUCUUAGAAGUGUUCUUACAAACAUUCUAAUGGAUUUCAAGUGUACAUUAUUUUAAAUACUGAAUUAUGAGGAUUUUAUGUUCAUUUUUAAUUUUCAUUGAUAUGAAAAUGUUUCGUUGGAAAGGUUGAACGAUGACAAAAGUAUCAUUAUUUGAUUGCCUUUGGGCAUUGUCCAAGCAUUUUGAGAUUUUAAGGUGAGAGGUGUUUUAGACUUUCAAAAUAUACAGAAUAAUAAGCAUAGGACCAUGGAAGAAAAGGUCAAUUGUUGUCAGCUUCAAAUCAUGAUAAUUCCGCUUUUCGCUCUUGCCCUUAUAACUUAUCAACAGAGAUGUAGCUUCUUUUCUUAGGUAAAAGAACACCAAAGCAUUUAAUUUCUCUUUCUCCAGAUUUAUUUUACGAAGUUAUGUAUUGUUAUUGCAACAAUUAGAUUAUUUGUUCUACUUUCUAGUAAAGAGACAAUGCACUAGUUAGAAAACUUUGCAAAAAACAUGUCACAAUAUGAAUUAGAUUUUUCAAAAAUACAUUUUUCGUUUUAGUUUCAUGUAUAUCUCCAUGUCUGAGAUCGAUGCCCAUAUAAAUGACAAAGAGAGAUAGUAUCAAGAAUAUGUUCACGUAAAUGGAACGUGAAAUAGUGCGAAAACGGGAGGAAAAGAUAAGAAAUGAACAAAAUAUACUUUAAAUAAUAACUAUAAUUGUAUAGAAAUGUAAGAAAAUAAGACACUUCAUUCAAAUCUUAGAAAGAAAUUAUGAAAAAAGGUUUUCCAAAAUAUAGACAUUCUUUUUUAGCCCCCUUUUUUUAACAGAACUACUGUUUUUCUACAAUUUUUGGCAAUUUGGACACCAGCAUUCAAUAUCGUAAAACUGAUUCAUUUACCAUAUAUAGUCUACUAUAUGAUGGUGUUCUACCUCAGUCAUUCAGACCACAUGACUCGGAUCAAAGGUUAUCACGAAACCCUGUUGCCAUAUAUUGAGAGACAUGCGUCGUGGCUACAAUACCCAAACCUCAUAUCUCAUUAGUUCAUAUAAGAUUCACAAUUGACCAUGCGCUUAUUGUGCCAUCAAAAGCCUUACAAACAUCGAAGAAAUUUCGAUUUCUUUCAAAUAGACUAGUUUGGUAUUCCCUUGUGUUAACCCAACCUUAUGCAUCGAGAUAGCCACUAUUGUUAUAACCAACAGGAUUCUAAUUAUCAUUUUCGCAAUUAAAGUAAAAAAAUGCAUCCUACAAGGAUAGAUAUAUUAGAGCUUUGUACAAUAGCACUUUUCUUAGCAAUCCUUGUAGCACGCCACCUUGUUUAAAUCCAACUUAAUGCAGAAAUUAUUUAUAUAGUAAAUUAAAAUCAACAUGCAUCAUUUGGAAAUAUGACUGUGUUUUAUGGGGAUGACAUUACAUUAAUAAUUAGCAUCUCAUCUGUCUGAGAUUUUUUCACUUUUAUUUCACCAUAUGGUGCACAUGUUAAUUUUAUGGCAUAAAAAUAAAAAGUAUUAUUUACUUUAACAUCUUUUGUUUCUGGGCUUAUGUCAGGAUGUUUAAAUAUGAUAUCUUGUCUUGUUUCUACGUUUUACCUAUGAUUGAAAUGCCAAUCAAUACGCAGUCAUUUUAUUAGUUCUCUUUAUGAUUCCUACUAUGAACUGCUUGACAUUUAAACCAUUUUUAUCAUACGUAAAGUAUCUAGUUCAUAUCAAUUUAUUCCACUCCUAACUAUUUCACUCUAUUCCAUUCCUCUUCGCAUUUAAAUCGGCAUGAGAUUUUAUUCAUGGGAAAUCAUUAAUAUGAAUGUAAAGAUGUUAAUGAUAAAAAUCACCUGCAUUUUUCUAUAAUUAAGAUGGUACAAUUAAAUCAUAUAUCAUUUUCUACUUGUCAUUGUCAUGAGAAAUAACUUCUACAAUUGAUGAUCCUUAAUUGUCUGCAUUUUUAUCAUACAA